UGGAACGGUAACGACGGGAAUGCACAGUUUCUUCAAAGGAUGAGUGGUGGAUAGACACAGUGUGAACGUUCAUAGCUUAUAGAUCGAUGUUGUAGUUUACUCGUCAAGUUUCGUCUGCUACAGCUAGUAGUUGGAAUAUCAUUCCUGUGUGCGCUAUGUGUUUUUGACAUCGAAUUUAUCGUCGACAGCCAGCGUUAACCCGCCAGUGUACUAGAUGUUCACGAUACAGACUCGUACACAAACGGACCCCAGCUUUGCUUGUACCAACGACUGCGGAGUGUUUUCCAUGAACAUGUAAAUAGUAAGGCAUGAGGUGUCGACUUGGUUACAACAGCUUGUGAAGGAGUGAGGCAGGUCUGUCUGCUGCAAUAUAACUGGAGUGGCGGCAAGUCGCCUGUGCCAAACUCUUCGCUACCUUACACGGUAGCUAGCGCCUUUGACUCGAGCUGUCUUUCUAAAGAUAGAUUUUCGCGUAGUAUUACAUGUGUAGUCUUACUAGUAAAGAGAAAUCAGGACCUUGUGCUUUGGUCUCAUUACUACUGAUACCUGUGUAUUGAUUAAAUUGACUUUUCAUAAGAACGAUAGGUACACACCAGCUUUUUCCCUUGGAUAAAAACCAAAUGUGCAAACCCAGCUAUCGGACCUACUGAGAGUGGAAAACAUACACACAUGUUGUAUAUAUAUAUAUCAGUUUUUUGACUGAAUGGAUACUUGUGUUGUGUAUUCUAAAGAGAAGCUCACUUAAGUAUUUUUUUCUUUCUUACCAGAAUUUCAACCAUUCCAAACCUCUAAUCAUGGGUUUUAUGAAAUAUUUGUCUGGAUUUACGAGGAGCAAGGGUUCCUUGCAAGCAGGUAUUGGGGUUGCAUUUGUUUUCGCAUUACUGCUAGACCUCACUUCAGUGUCUCUAGCUCAGUCAUCUUCAACUACAUCCCCAACUGCGCCUACAUCUACAGCUACAGUUAAUGUUACUGAAAAGGUAUGUGACAGGGCAGCAACACCCUGCAAAAAAGGUGUUCUAAUUCCUCUGUGGUCGCCAACUGGAGACCUAAGUGUUGGAGACAAAGCUGCCAGGGCAACAGUUUAUAUGACCGCAAUUAUUUACAUGUUUUUGGGAGUAUCCAUUAUUGCCGAUCGCUUCAUGGCUGCCAUUGAAGUCAUCACAUCCAAAGAGAAAGAAGUGGUCAUCAAGAAACCCAAUGAUGUGACCGCUGUUGUUAAUGUUCGAAUUUGGAAUGAAACUGUCUCUAACUUGACUCUCAUGGCUUUAGGAUCAUCAGCUCCUGAAAUUUUGCUAUCUAUUAUUGAAAUAUGUGGAAACCAAUUCAAAGCAGGAGAGUUAGGUCCAAGUACAAUUGUAGGAAGUGCUGCAUUUAAUUUAUUUGUUAUUAUAGGUUUAUGUGUAUAUUGUAUCCCAAAUGAUGAAGUUCGGCGCAUCAAACAUCUGCGUGUAUUUUUCAUCACUGCAACAUGGAGUGUGUUUGCGUAUCUCUGGUUGUACUUCAUCAUUUCAAUUUCAUCCGUUGGAGUUGUUGAUGUAUGGGAAGCUGGACUAACUUUAUUAUUCUUUCCAGCCACUGUUGCAACAGCAUAUGUUGCUGACCGAAAAAUCCUCAUUUAUAAAUUUUUGUCCAAAAAGUAUCGAACAGGCAAGAGGAAAGGUGUUGUUGUCCAAACAGAAGGAGAUGCUGAAAUGGCAGCAAAUCCUGAAGAUAAUGUCCAGUUCAAAGGAAUGGAUUCUGAGGAUUCUGACGUCAAGACCUUUGAACAACAUAGAAAUGAAUUUAUUGAAAUAAUGCGUGAGCUGAGGAAGAAAAAUCCCAACAUGGACAUGAAAGCUCUGGAAGAAAUGGCUGAAUAUGAAGCUGUAAACCGUGGACCUAAAAGCAGAGCAUUCUACAGAAUCCAGGCGACCAGAAAACUGACUGGUGGUGGCAAUGUCAUAAAAAAGGCUAAGAUUGAACGACGGGCCAGUGUAGAAGAUGUUAAGAUUGAUGUUCGUGGUGAUCCCAACGUCACCAAGGUUUUCUUUGACCCAGGACACUACACUGUCAUGGAAAAUGUUGGUACCUUCAGUGUAACAGUCAGCAGGGAAGGAGGGGACCUGAGUAAGACCCUCUAUGUUGAUUAUAAGACUGAGGAUGGCACUGCCAAUGCAGGUUCUGACUACAUGUAUGCUGAAGGGACCUUGGUUUUCCAACCAGAGGAUAUCCACAAGCAGUUCCCAGUCACCAUCCUUGAUGAUGACAUUUUUGAAGAAGAUGAACAUUUCUACAUCCGUCUCAGCAAUCUACGACUGGGAGACUCGCAGGGCAUGUUCGAAAGUGGAACACAGAAUGCAAAGGCGGAGUUGGAGACACCGUUCAUGGCAACUGUUAUGAUUCUUGACGAUCACCCAGGUAUCUUUCAUUUUGACGAAACUGAAGCUACAGUUACUGAAUCUGUUGGAGAGAUGGGUGUUAGAGUUGUUCGGUCAUCUGGAGCACGUGGAAUAGUGAAAGUGCCGUUUCAUACAGUCGAUGGAACAGCAAAGGCUGGACGUGACUACGAAGUGGAAUAUGGUGAACUCACCUUCGAUAAUGAUGCAACUGAACAAGAGAUAAGGAUACGUAUCAUUGACGAUGAAGAGUACGAGAAAUCUGAAGUCUUCACUGUCAUCCUGGAUGAACCAUACCUGGUUCGAAAAGGCUCAGACGAAGAUUCUGACCAAGCAGAGUCUCCGGUAGCAGUAGGUAAAUACACUGAUGAAAGAGUGACCAGUACUGAGGACCCCAGCCUUGCAGACAUGGCCAAACCUAGGCUUGGAGAUAUUACCAACACGUCAGUCACAAUUAAGGAAUCUCUGGAGUUCAAGAGUGUUGUGGACAAGCUGCUGAAGAAAGCCAAUGUGUCCCUGGUUGUUGGAACAUCGUCAUGGAGGGAACAGUUCACAGAGGCCAUCACUGUCAGCGCUGUAGGACAGCUUGGUGAUGAAGAUGAGUCUGAUGAAGAUGCUGAGGAGAAGUUGCCCAGCUGUAUGGACUAUGUCAUGCACUUCCUCACCCUCUUCUGGAAGGUCCUGUUCGCAUGUGUGCCACCCACUGAUUACUGGGGAGGUUGGGCAUGUUUCCUUGUGUCCAUCCUUGUCAUUGGAUUUCUGACUGCUAUCAUUGGAGAUCUGGCCUCCAGUUUCGGCUGCACUGUGGGUCUAAAGGACUCUGUGACUGCUAUCUCAUUUGUUGCUCUUGGCACUAGUGUACCUGAUACAUUUGCUAGCAAAGUUGCAGCUGUCAAUGACAAAUAUGCUGAUUCUUCUGUGGGCAACGUGACCGGAAGUAAUGCUGUUAACGUAUUUCUUGGUAUCGGAAUUGCAUGGACAAUAGCAGCUGUUUACUGGGCGAUAAAAGGAGAAGUUUUCAAGGUAGAUCCCGGCUCCCUUGCAGUCUCAGUCACCGUAUUCUGCUGCCUGGCAGUUGUUGCUAUAGUCGUCCUGGUUGUGAGAAGACAACCAUUUGUUGGAGGAGAACUUGGCGGGCCCAGCGAAAUUCAAAUAUCCAACAGCUAUCUUCUCGUAUCUCUAUGGCUGAUCUAUCUUCUUAUAUCAUCAUUUGUUGCCUACUGCUACAUCCCUAACUUCUAAGUCCCCUAUGAAUCCAUAUGUCCUGACAGACUCCUUGCCCCUAAGAUGGUGGCUGAGCCAAGCGACUGAAUAUAAUUCAUGUGACUGGAGAGUGCUUGUCAUGGUUGGCUGCCUUAGAUCACAUGAUCUCAAGGAACAAGGCCUGUCAAUCAGUCGUUCAUGGAGUUCGGAAAAUGAAAGAUUUUAGGUUCAGAGGUGGUUUCAAUUUCUCAAGGACUAAAGAGACCAAAGUAUAUAUGGUAAAAGAUGAAUGAAUGACCUUCUGUGAAUUGUUCUGUUAGAAACAAGGAAUUCUUUUUCAUUCCUGCAUGAAAAUUUUGAGUUGACAGGUCUGAAAACUGUAUUGGUGGCAGCACUGAAUGAUCAUGUUGGAUGUCCCGAAAAUUGUUAAUGUCUUCAGUGAUUCGCAUGUGAGCGCAGGCUGGAGUGUUGUCCUCUCAAAGUGAAACACAGAUCUCUGUGUGCUCCAGUACCGAGAAGGGAAAGAGUGGAAGCUAACCUGAACAUCACUGAAUUGCAUAUUUGACAUCGCCAAGGGAACUGACUGGUGAUGACAAUAUGGCAUCAGGGAAAGAGGGUAACUUGUCCUGAAUGAAGAAUGUGUGGAUCAAGAAUUGCAUAGACAGGGCAAGAGUUUCCAUGUCAAGCCGAGGGAACAAUUCCUUUGUGCUAACAGAGCUGAGUGGUGAUUCUGAAAGAACAAAUGUUUUAGAGCCGUAGAUUUAUCUGUACAUAGAUCUAUAUUUAUGUACGGUACACCAUUUGCAAAAAAGUGGUUUUACAUUAUUCUAGAGUCCCAUCACGAUGAACAAGAUUCAGCUAGGUGGGUUAUCUCCCUUUACAUUACCUCAGCUGUGGAAGGUGGCCUACAUAUCGACACCACAUGACUUUUAUGAAAGACAGCUGUUACCUGUUUGAUGUGUCACUGCCUUUACUGCAUUUGACCAUAGUAUACAAGGUGAUGGAGGAGUGUAAAGUGAGAAACCACCUACUGCAGUACACGAAGCCAUAUAUACAUUGUGGUUCCCUAAUGAGUGCAAUCCUAUCCAAUUUUUGUUUCUAUUUAUAUGUGAAGCAUAUUUUUUACUUUUGUUUCCAAGUAUUUAUACAACUAUUUAUCUAUUUACCCUGUAUUGACAGUGAUAUUUAUAGGUGGUACCAUGCCUGUACUAGUUCCCAUAUUAAUAUAAAAUGCAAAAUGUGCAAAAAGAGAAUUUAGUCCUUCCAAUUUAAGAUCACAUUGUUUCACGUCCAUUAUUAAUUCCAAGCUCAUAUCCCAUUUUGAAGUUGUACAAUUGUCCAUAUUAAAACACAUUGCCCAUGAAAGUACACAUGGACGUAUUUCAUUUUUUUCACAAUUCUCACAUUUUAGACGAAUGUACAGAAACAUGAUAAAAAAUACUUCAUUUUAAGAUUUUUAACCCAUUUAAUGUUAUUGUAUGAAUCUUUCCAAUUUGAUGGUAGGAUGUGAUUUGUCCAAACAUUGUUAUUUUCCCCAUAGUUUGUUUGAAAUUGUGUGAUUGCCUGAGGAUGUUUAAUUAUCACUUCUACCUUCCUUGUUUGGCUUCUCACGUACAAAGUAUAGUGAGGCCUCGAUUUUCAAGUGCUGAGAAAGCACUGAGCUCCACACAAAAGACUGUGAUGUUUAUAGUUGUAAAUAAGUUCACUUGAUCGGUGGUAAUGGUACAAACCCAACACCACUUCCUGUUUAUCUCGUUUACCCAUAACUCGGAAAAUGUCUCAUUUAAGUCCAUUGUUUUCGUUUUACAGAUCUUUUUAUGAAGCUUCACAACCCUCAAUUCUGUUUUAUUCAAUCAUUACAUUUAUGAAAUAAUGUAGUUUAGUUUCCAACCAUUUUGAUUGUUUGCAGUAGCUCCCUGUGCACAUUCCCUACCUCAGUAACCAAGGACGAUACAUAGUUAUUUCCCCUUAGAUCGUGCCAUCUUCUUUGUAAAAUGCUUGGGGAGUUGUCUGCCCUUUUAUCCCUUUACUACACAUAAUGAAGGGCUACCUUUUCACAACAAUAAAGCUCAGUUUGAUGUUUCAAUUGUAUUUUCAAAAUAUUUUUUGUAAAUUUUAUGUUUGUUUGUCUCCUAUUUUAAUGGUAUCUUUCAGAUAUUUUCACUUUUUGAUGUUUUUGAUUUAACACUACAGGGAUCUUAAGUAUUCAUGGCAGUCCACUGAACCUUAUUACAAUUAGAUUUUUGUUGGGAGUGUUUUGUUUGUCAAAGUAUUUUCAUGAGAAUGUAUAGUGUUCUCAAAUUAGCAUGCAUUUGUUAGGGUUUAUCCAUCCCAGGGUUAAAUUUUUCCCUCUUGCAGAAUUUGCUGGUCUAUUAUCAGUAUUUCUAUAAUUACCACUUGGUAUUUGCAGUGGAACAUGAAGAGAUAGUGCUAUAGAUUGUAUAGCUAUCAAAUCUUAGUUUCCAGGGAGCAAGAAAAUGUUGGAAUGUUUCAGAUCAAAUAAAGUAUUCUCCUUAAAUCAAUGUGUGUAUUCUCACCUUCAAUAGACAUCCUACAAAGUGUUUCUCUGCAUCAUCAUCAUUUCUUAGUCAAAAACUUAACAGGACAUAACUUUUGAGAAAUUGUUGAAUUACACCAGAGUAAAUGGUCUGUUUUAGAUUUCAAAAUUGAUGUACCAAGGUCAUUGAAUUCUAUUUUGAUUUGUUUAUCUUUAGAAAUAUUUAGUUUGAUUAUUCAUUGCUUUUCGACUGGAUAUAUUUAGGAAAGGUAUACAUUAUUAUAGAUGUGAAUACUUUGUUUACAAGAAGUGGGAUAAGAUUGGGUAAUUUAGUUUCUUCUUUCAACAUACUUACUCAUUUUAUAUGUUCUUUUUACUCUGAAAAUAAGUUAUGGGGAUCAUUUUAACCAUGUAAACAUUUUGUACUUGAUAUCCAUGUAGUGAUUCUAAUCCAUUUGUCAAUGAUCUCAGUUUGCUCGUCAUGUACAAGGUCUUAAUCUGUUAAAUGUCUGUUUGGAUUCUGGGGAAGGAAGUGAGGAAGGUCUCUGCAAUGUACUGGAUAAGUGGGAUAACAGUAAUAUGGAGAGGGUAAG